GAUUCGGCUUAGAAGGUAUUUCACUUCUUAAGUCAAAAGUCGUUAUAUUUUUCAUCUGUAAUAGUCAGUUAUCAGCAACACAGUGAUUAAUAUUUAGUCAGUAUUUAUCAUUAUAAUUAUAAACUAUUGAUAAAUAAAUAUACUCAACUAAUUCUAAAAUAAAUUGCAUUGAAAGAAUUGUUUCAAGUAUUUGUUGUUAAACGAGAUGGAAAUUUUAGGUUAUUCCCAUUCUAAAAAGCACAAAGUAAUUUAUAAAUGGGAAAUUAAUGAAAUAGUAGCAUUUAUUGAAUCUACUAAAAACAAUAAAGAGACAGUAAAGCUCAACUCACCUACCUUUACCUACCUUUGCCACGAAACCGAACAUUCAUGGUAUUUACAACUGCGCCUAUUAGAAGAAAAGGAAUGGAUAUCACUAUAUUUGCAUCGACAUGGAGGAAAAGAUAGAGUGAGAAUACGUUAUUCACUAUUUCUUUUGAACAACAAAAAUGAAAAGAAAUCUCUUUCAUUUAGCUAUGCAAAUCGCGACGUUAAUAGUAACGCUGGAUUUCCAAAAUUUCUUGAAAUAAAACAGUUACUGGAAAAUGAAGAUGAUUUUUUACUAAAUAAUACUUUUACUGUAUGUAUUGAACUAACAGUUUAUGACGAUUAUGAAUCAUUUCUUACUAAAAUUCCGUUGGAAACACCACAGCGCAAAAUAACUGAUGAUCUUAAAGAACUAUAUGAUAGUAAAAUGAACAGUGACGUUAUUUUAGUUGUGGGUAAUGUAAAAUUUAAAGCUCACAAGACCAUACUGUCAGCUCGCAGUCCUGUAUUCCUUGCGAUGUUCACUCAUGAGAUGAAGGAAAAGAAAGACAGUGAAGUUGCUAUACCCGAUAUAGAUCCUGGAACUUUCAAUAAAAUGUUGGAGUUUAUUUAUACUGACAAAAUAAAUGAAUUGGAUACGUAUGCUGCGUAUUUAUUAGAAGCUGCCGAUAAAUAUCAAUUGUUGAACCUAAAAAGUUUAUGCGAAGAAUCGUUAUCCAAGUCAGCCAGUAUUGAUAGUGCAAUUAAAUUGAUGAUUUUAGCAGAUAUGCAUAAUGCCAAUCAUUUAUUCGAGCAUGUGCUUGAAUUAAUAAUAAAAAAUAUCGAAGAUGUUAUUAAAACUCCGGAGUAUAAAGCAUUAGAAAAAUCUAAACCAUUUCUAUUAUCAAAAUUAAUUGAAAAAUUAGCAACUUCAAUGAAGAGUAACGCUUCGGAAAAUGAAAAAUAAUUGGGAUGUUGUGCACCAAGUAAUCCAUUAAUGAGAGAACAGCAUUUAAGUGGGAUAUUUACUUAAAAUAUCUGGGUUUUAUGGUUUGAAGAAGAUUCAUACUUAUUUUUAAAAUCUACACAGAACAAAAUGACUUCUAGGCUCAAAUAAUUUUUACUCUCCUCGAGAAUAUUUUUACUUGAUUUAAGAAAUUGUUAGCAUUAUAAAUUGAUAACGAUAACUUUUUUUUGGCGAGCAAAAAUUUCUUGCGCCAAGAAAUCUUGUUUUUUUUUAUAAUAAUGGAUAUUUUUAGGAAGUAAGAUUUAAAUACAUUAGAUAUUUACUAUUUCGUAAUAUACAAUUGGUAUAUUAAUGAUUAAAAUCUACAUGACGGUAUUAAUAUUCUUUGAUUUAUUUCAAUACUAAGUAAUGAUUAAUUUAUAUCAAUUAAGAUUGUUUUAUUUUUAUAUUUUUAAAUUAAUUCCUCUGCAACGAUUGUGGACUAAUAACUAUUUUCUAACAAAUAAUCAAAUUCUCCAACAACAUAUUAUGUAUUAUUUAUUUAAUAACAAUUACCCCGAUAUUUAAUGCAAAUUAAAUAUGUGAAGUAAAAGACCUAGCACCCGAUCAGGGAACUAUUUAGUACCCGAUCACUCCACGUAUUUGUAUAUUUAUAUUUAGUAAAUUUGACUAAAUAUAGACAUACCAAUAUAUGAGUGAUCGGGUAUUGGGUCUCUUACCUUACGUAUAAAAUUAUCAUCGAUACUUUAUAUUUAUUUACAAAAAUAAGCAGAAAAUAAUAGUUUACAUUUUUUCGUAUAGUUUUCUAAUAAUUUUUGUCAUUAACCCUUCGUCCGUCGCGGUAUGAGCGCAGCGCCGCAAUUUUUAUUAAAAGAUUAUUUAAAAAGAAAAAAAAAUUUCCUAGUCUUUUGAAAUUUGAUGAGUUCUUCUACUGUCCGUAUUAAUAUCGAAUGAAUGAAUGAAUGAUAAUUAUUUUUUUGAUAUUUUAAAUAUUAAAAAAAUAAUUUUUUUUGUUAGGAAACCUGAGAAGUACGGCGAUGUGCCGCUGACGCGAGUAAACUCGGGUGUUGAAUUUGUUUGGAUUUCCUGCGCAGCAUUGCCAGUUACCAUCAGCGACUCAUUUAAUUCAUCUCUUUCUUUAAUAUUUUUAUUUAAUACAAAAUUUUUAUUUUAUUAAAAAAUAAAAAAAAAAAUUUAGUCGUAUAAGCUCUUGUGAUUUUAAUUUUUCAAAAUUAUAGUUAUGAUAUUUGGCAACACCGCAAUGUUAAAUACAUGGCGGCGGAAUGCCGCGUCGCGACGAACGAAAGGUGGCGAGACCGCGCGACGGGCGGAGGAUUAAACAUAUCGCGUGGGUAAAAAACAAAUAAAGAAGCCAAAAAAUAAUAAGAAGUAAAAAUAAUUAGUUACGAAAUUUAAAAUUAUAAUAGAACGUAAUACUUUUGUUUAGCGUUUAAUAAAAAGAUAAUGCUUCAAAAUUAAUCAACUUAAACUUAGCGGGUCAAAACCUCGGUGAUUUGGCAUGGAAUGCCCCAUUUAAUUUAAUAAAAAAGAAUAAUAGUAAUAAAAAUUAUAAAAACCAAAUAAAAUGUCUAACAAUAAAAGAAAUAUAUUAUAACAAUAAAAAUUAUUAUUUAAAUUAUUUACAAGCAAAUGAAAAUACAGAUGGAAAUUUAUAUAAAUGAAAAAAACAAAGUUUACUUCACCGAUUCGACAUAAACCUCAGCACGUUUCAAUAACAAAUAUUAUUUUUUACAUAAAUUAAAUGUAAAAAUAUUAUAAUUGUAGCAAAUACAUCAUUUGUACGCAUAAGCCUUUUUAUUGCAAUGUCGUCAAAUACGUACAUCAUUUUAAAGUAAAAUUUUUUACAUAAAUGUGAUGAAAUGCUUCGAUGUACAAUAAAUAUAACUAUUUUAUAUGCAUGUAAUCUUAAUGUCACAUUUACGUCACAAAUUUGACGUACCAUUUACAUUACAAUUUAUAUCAUCAGAAUGUAAAAUUUACGUUGAAUUUGUUUCGUUACAUGUUCUCUAGAUGUGAUAUCAGUGUUACGUUGGUGUAUUCACUGGGGUAUUCUUUGCAAUGUUCGCCCAUGAGAUGAAGGAAAAGAGAGACAGUGAAGUUGCUAUACCCGAUAUAGAUCCUGAAAUUUUCAGGGAAAUGUUGGAGUUUAUUUAUACCGACGAAAUCAAUAUUUUGGAUACGAAUGCUGCGGAUUUAUUAGAAGCUGCCGAUAAAUAUCAAUUGUUGAAACUAAAAAGUUUGUGCGAAGAAUCAUUAUCUAAAUCAUGCCGUAUUGAUAAUGCAAUUAAAUUGAUUAUUUUAGCAGAUCUGCAUAAUGCUAAUCAAUUGUUGGAGUUUAUUUUUGAAUUUGUAAUUAGAAAUAUCAAAGAUGUUAUUAAAACUCCAGAGUAUGAAGUAUUAGAAAAAUCUAAAUCUUUGUUAUUAUCAAAAUUAAUAAAGAAAUUAGCGGACUUGAAAGUUGUCUAAGUCAGCCAGUAUUGAUAGUGCAAUUAAAUUGAUGAUUUUAGCAGAUAUGCAUAAUGCCAAUCAAUUAUUCGAAUAUGUGCUUGAAUUGAUAAUAAAAAAUAUCGAAGAUGUUAUUAAAACUCCAGAGUAUAAAGUACUAGAAGAAUCUGAACCAUCACUAUUUUCAAAAUUAUUUAAAAACUUAGUGACUUUGAAAGUUAACCAAAUAAGCACACACAAAUAUAAUUCUUUGAUUCUUUAUUGAUAACAAUUGUAAGUAAUUUUUUUUUCAAAUCUAAAUCUCAGCUAAAUUGCAACUUCGUUGUUCAUUUUUCAAUUAAUGCUUUAACUUCUAUUUAAUUAAUUGAUAAAAUUUUAUUACGGUCAUGACAGUUUUAGGUCAUUGAAUAUUUUUAAAAAGUGGGGGAGGGGGAUGUCUUGAAUGCCCUUAAGAAAAUUAAAGUAAAUGAUUAUUUUAUAACAUAAUUGUACUAAUACAUAAAUUUAUUUCGCGACAUAUAGAUGUAUACAUUCAUUUAAAAUAAAUAAAAUAUAAUUUGUUUGAAUAAAACAAACCUUAAGUGUAUAAAACAUCUGUAUAAUAAUAUUUUGGCCUAGAUUUAAUUCAAUGUCAAUGAAUUUAUAGGAUUAAUGGGGAUUUGAUGAUAUUUAUAGUAGAUA